AUGGCACCAUCAAACCUCCACAACGGUUCACCGCCUCAUAGUGGCGUGGAGGUGACACUGGGCGUCGAACUGCGAUGCACAGCAGAGAUUCGUCCUCCGGCAGGGUCUCCCAAGCUGAGAAGGAGUUCGACACAUCCAACAUUCCGACUUCUCGGAAUCGGAAGCCUAGCUAAGGCAUAUUCACUGCCUCAGUAUCCUGCACACUGGGCCCUGCCGUCUCAGACGUCGGACGGUAUGGCGACCGGUGAGAGGCGAUCAAAUCUCAUGUUGCUCAGGACGAGACCAAGUGCAGAAGGGACGACGUACUGUCGUACGUCGAUGAAUGACGGUACACUCGUCAUUCGUGGAGGGAAGGUUCCGUCGCGAAAUGUAGGCGGUGUUGGUUUUAUUGUGCACCCAUCUGUCGUUCAUCUCGUCGAUUCUCACGAGAUCCUGUCACCUCGUCUGGCCAUUCUUCGCCUCCGCCCUCUGCGCCAAAAACCCAUCAGUAUCAUCAACUGCUACUCACUAACAUCAGCAGCUGAUGAUUCCGAAUUGGACGCGUUUUACGAGGAGCUGGAGUAG